GGCGGGUUAAUUGCGCGGCGCACCAAGCGCGCGCGCCCAGGAUUUUCGAUGGCGGGGCAGGGGCUGGCGGCGGGCUUCUUGCAGGUGCCCGCGGUGACACGGGCUUACACCACGGCCUGCGUCCUCACCACCGCCGCAGUGCAGCUGGAGCUCCUCACCCCCUUCCAGCUCUACUUCAACCCGCACCUGGUGUUCCGGAAGUUCCAGGUCUGGAGGCUCAUCACUACCUUCCUCUUCUUCGGGCCCCUGGGAUUCGGCUUCUUUUUCAACAUGCUCUUCGUGUUCCGCUACUGCCGCAUGCUGGAGGAGGGCUCCUUCCGCGGUCGCAAGGCUGACUUCGUUUUCAUGUUUCUUUUCGGUGGUGUUCUUAUGACUCUGCUGGGAUUUCUGGGCAGCCUUUUUUUCCUGGGACAGGCCCUCAUGGCCAUGCUGGUCUAUGUAUGGAGCCGGCGCAGCCCUCAUGUGAGGGUCAACUUCUUUGGUUUACUCAACUUCCAAGCACCAUUUCUGCCCUGGGCACUCAUGGGCUUCUCUCUGCUGCUGGGGAACUCAGUCAUCACAGACCUGCUAGCCUUUGGCUCUCUCGCAGGGAUUGUUGUGGGCCACAUCUACUACUUCCUAGAAGAUGUCUUUCCCAACCAGCCUGGAGGCAAGAGACUGCUGCUGACCCCCAGCUUCCUGAAGCUGCUACUAGAUGACCCUCAGGAGGACCCCAAUUACCUGCCCCUUCCUGAAGAGCAACCAGAACCCUAAGGGCUGCUCCGGGAACAGUAAGCC